CGCUCUUUCUGCCCUCUCUGUACUCUCUUGGGCACAAACUGCCUAAGAUUUUCUACCAUGACGUAGAUUGAAGCAGAUUUAAGCACCAAACCACUUUCAAACAGGCGCAUCAACAACCAUCCCCCCCCAUGUCCCAUCUCUGACAAGCCAGAAACUCCGUCCCAAAUAUCGAUCUCCUUCGAAAUUGAAGAUUCCAGCCCUAUAAUCUCCCCCAACGAUCGAUAUCUCAUACCCCCCCGGUGAAACAUAUGCGAAAAUUCAUCUUAUCAAUCUAAUCAGAAUUUCAACCCUGAUAUUUAUAAACUGGGCGAUGAUAAAAAGUGGAUGAGCCCUUCUCGCUCCAGGCCGGUGAAAAGAAAUAUGGAGGGAAAUGUUUCCGUGGGGGAUGAAUUCCAAUUUGAUGGUGUUCUGGAUCCCCCUCCGAGAAUUUUCGAGAGACUCUCCCAAAUUGCUGGUUACACUUGGGAUGAAUCAAAAGAACCCUUUCAUUCCAGCUAUGAUAACUGGUAAGUUUCUGCAUCUUGCUACAUAUCGUGGGCGAGGGCAGGGGCAGAGCCAGACAGAGUUUGAGGCACAUGGGCACAUGGAGAUAUGGGCAGAUGCAAAUACUGGUUAUGUUUGCGGUAGAGAAACUAAUGAGGAAUCUAUAAAUAGGCAGGUCAAUGGAACGAAACAUACAUCUACCCAAAGUCGACAUAGUAACACAACGUCGCGCUCCGAUCAAAACCCCUCCCGGCCGGGAACCAGAGGUACAAGUAAGACCAGAAACGCGGGCAGUGAACAUGGAGGAAGCGAUUCCGGUACCCUUCAUGAUGAUGACUCCGACCAAGGCAGCGUCAAGAGCGCACACACUAGUUCCAGUGGCAUGCCAGUCAUCGCGCGCAUUUCUUCCCACGCUUUGAGAGAAGAGAGGGCCUUCCAUAUAUGCCAAAAUGUAAUAAGGUCAGUGGAUCCGGACGGCAAUCACAUUAUAAAGCCGGUAGAUCUGGUGAGGUUACCGACGCAACAAGGCGAUAAAGGUUUUAAUGUGGUUUGCAUUUUCGAGCAUCCGGGUAACAACUACUUGCAAAAAAUGGUGGAUUACGGGCCUGCUUGGUACAAGGGAAGGAAGGUUGGGAAUAGGCAUGAGGCAUUUCGGAAUGAUUCAUUCUCGCCCGGUGAUGUGGUACCAUUGCAAACGUUUUUGGACUUUGCCGUGGGAGCCACCGAGUGUUUGGAAAUUCUUCACCAUGGUCAGAGGCCUCUUGUACAUGGUGAAAUAAGGGGGGAUGCCUUUCACAUGAACGUGGAAACAGGUCGAGUCAAGUUAAUCAACUUUGGUUCAGGAUUGCGAACUUUCGAACAUGGCCUCACAAGUACGGGAUGGUCGACGUUGUCGAAAGAGUUGGGCGCGAAGAACAAACUUACAUUCAUGUCACCAGAACAGACGGGACGCAUGCCUGCUGAACCUGAUAGUCGCACGGAUAUUUACUCCCUUGGAAUAUUGUUUUGGACUAUGCUCACCCAGCAGGCUGCUUUCGAAGGGGAAACUCCGAUGGAUAUUAUACAAGGUGUUCUAGGGCGACGUCUUCCGUUGGUCUCUAGUGUCAGACUGGAUAUUCCCGACGUCAUUAGCAAAAUCAUUCAGAAGAUGACAGCCAAAAACAUAAGUGAAAGAUAUCACAGUGUCAGUGGCUUACGAUACGACCUUGUAGAAGUACGGAGGCUCUUGGGAGCAGGAGAAUCCAUUGCCGUGAAAAAUUGGCGCAUUGCCACGAAAGACGUUUCUUCAUUUUUCAUACUCCCCUCUAUCAUGAUUGGAAGAUCGAGCGAGCAUGAUGAAGUAGUCAAAAUUAUCGACAAGGUUUCUAGACGUCAUAUGACGGCUCAGAGACAGGAUCAAAGCAGUUUAUCUUCUAACUCCAGCUUAUCUGAUGGACGCCUUGAUUCUUUCGACGCGGCUAUUGGCGGGGCAGACUUCUCCAGUGAAGAGAACACAAGUUCUACCGAGGGAAGGUCAAAUUCGUUUAGUACUAACAACAUGUUAUUUCCAUCCGAUUAUAGGACCCAUAGGAGUAACUCGAGUCAAUUCCGAUCUCCGGGAAAUUCUCAAGAGAAUUUUUUGGAUGACUCUAAUCGUCCAAAUAUAAGUUUCAGGCCUUGGGAGAAGAAUAGCUCAUUAUUGUCUGCGGAUCCAAAAAGUCCUACAGACAGUAUCAACGGCGAAAGCCAUGCUAAACCGAUGUCUGAUGGAGUUGGAAGCCUGACUAGUACCCGGAACGCCACCAAAUUCCGACGAAAAGGUAGAUGUGAGGUUAUAAGCAUAGCAGGAGCAGCUGGGUUGGGAAAAAGUUGCCUCGUGCAAUCAGUUCAUAUCGAGGCAAGGCGACGAGGAUAUUUUGCAAGCUCAAAAUUCGAUUCGGCCAAACGAACACCCUUCGGGCCCGUGCUUAAACUAUUAUCAAGUCUCUUUAAGCAAGUCUUCUCCGAGAGCAAUACCGAUACACCGUUUCAUUCAAUUCUGAAGCAGUACGUUAGGCCUGCGUGGCCACUGCUCCACAAAGUGUUAGGACUACCUGAAUUUUUGAUCGGUCCCAUAUCGACCGCCAAUUCGUCUUCUGGGCAAUUAUCUCAAGGGUACAACAAAAGUCUUAGGGCAGAAUUCAAACGCCGGGACUCUUCACCUUCGAGCCAAGGUAGCCUUUACAAUCUCACGCUAGGUUCCCAGAGUUCGCAGGAUUUUCUUCGAGCAGGCUCCUCAACGAAAUCCGUACGGCUGAUGAACACAUUCCUGGAUGUCCUUCGAGUUUUUGCUCAACACAAAUUCAUCUGCUUUUGCCUAGAUGAUCUACAGUUUGCGGACGACGAAUCUUUAGACUUGAUAGCCCAAAUUAUAUCGGCACGAAUGAAAAUGGUCAUUAUUGUAACUCAUCGUCCCGAAGAAACUCUACCUGAAAGAAUCAAGGGGAUAUUGGACCCCCCGGGCGAUGAGGGUAUCAGUUUGCAUGCCCGCACUUUUGGAAAACGAAACUCGCUAACCUCAUCUAGGACAUGUUAAGCACAGUGGCGUUGGAAUCACUCGAAUUGUGCUCAAACCGUUAAAUGAAGAUGAUAUUUUAGAUUAUAUUUCUGCCACUCUUUGCCGGCCUAAGAAUGAGAUAAUUCCCCUGUGCGCAGUGAUACAAUCGAAGACGGCUGGCAACCCCUUCUAUAUUCGCGAGAUGUUAGAUAGUUGUCACAGGAAACAAUGUAUAUGGUAUGACUACAAGGAUAAUCUUUGGAAAUACGAUCUCGAUAGGAUAUUCAAGUACUUCGAAACCAAGAAUUACAAUGAGGUACUAAACACCGAAUUCGUCACAAGCCGUUUGAAUGAAUUACCUCCAGCUUCGAGGUCCAUUCUUGCCUGGGCCUCUCUCGUGGGAACGACGUUUUCAUUUGAACUCAUUCAAAGACUUAUGAGUGGCGAGUUUGAUUCGGAGGAUAACAUGAUUGGAUGUGUUCCAGAUCGGCACUAUUGUUUGUCGCAUACUCAACAAGACGCUAUUGGUGGGCUUCAAGCUGCUAUUCAGGCGUAUAUAAUUGUCGCAACACAGGACGAUGAUCGAUUCCGUUUUGCACAUGAUCGCUACAUCCAAGCUGCGUCAUCAUUAAGGGAGUGCAAUGGCCCCACGAUGCACUUCAUCAUUGCACAAACGCUUAUGAAAUACUACAGUGCUGAUGAGCGAUCUCGAGAUGUGACGGCAUCACACAUCUGUGAAUGUGUUGAUGUUAUUGUUGAAAAAGUAGUACACAGACAUUCAUUCAGAAAAUUACUCUUCGAGUGUGCCACGAUUGCUGCUGAGAGUGGAGCUCGACCGACUGCCGCUAGAUUUUACGCUGUAUGCUUUCGGUUGUUGCAGAAAGAUCCAUGGAAUGGCAACGAACCAGACUGCUACUAUGACGAGACGCUUCAACUCUACACCCGAGCUGCGGAAUGCUAUCUCUAUAUGGGACAUUAUCAGGAAACGAAACGCGUAUUGGCAAUCAUCUUCGAAAAUGCACAAACUCCGGUGGAUAAAUCUCCGGCUUGGGUGCUUCAAAGUCGUGCCUUUUCGCAAGAAGGCGAUUCGUUCAGUGCGUUUGAGGCGUUGAAACAAUGUUUGUCAGCUUUAAAUAUUGAGGUUGACGAAAAACCCAGUUUCGAAAAGUGUGACCUCGAAUUUGAACGUCUCUCUUCGCAAAUUCGAUCGAUUGACCAGAAACUGGUUAUUGAUAAGCCAAUGAUGAAAGAUUCUAACCUUGCUGCGGUUGGCGCGGUAUUGGUGGAAACGAUUAGUGCUGCUUUUUGGUCUGAUAAUUUGACAUUCUACCAAAUGACAAUUGUCAUGAUUCAGACUCAUCUAAAGCGGGGCAGUUUUCCUCAAGCCGGAAUGGCAUUUCUUCACCUGGCCACUAUUGCAAUCACCAGAUUUAAUAUGAUUAAAUUUGCAAGUGACAUGGGCAAUGUCUCACUAGCCCUCAUGGAGAGAUGGCGGGACAUCUACACGUUAGGUCGGGGUGGAACCAUUUAUUCGCUUUUUGUUGGGCAUAUCCAUUGGCCACUCUCCCAAUCAGCCGGCCAAUUGGAAAGUGCACUCGAAUAUACCAUCCAGGCUGGUGACAGAAUAUCGACAAUUCUUAACUUCGGUUUUGUCGGCACACUAAAGUUCUUUGCUUCGGAGAACUUGGCAGAUCUUGAAUCUUUCUGUACUUAUGGUUGUGAAGAAGUUCCUGAUUGGCAGAUGGACUGUAGAGGAGGAACGAUGCUUAUUGUUCUUCGACAAGUAUGCAGAGCGUUGCAAGGCAAGACGAUAACUAGUUCUCCAACGGAGUGCCUGAAUGAUGCAUCGCAUGACUCCUUAUUGUACAAAGCUUGGCUGAGAAAUGCCAUGACAAAUAGCGAUCGGUCGAUCAUGAUUUAUGAAGGAUUUGAGGUUGUACCACUUUUUCUCUACGGGCACUAUCAAGCUGCCAUCAACUUGGGUGAGACCUUUUUGGAGCAAGUGGAUUCGUUAUGGUCGAUCAGAAACACCCGCUUCUUGAUGUUCUUUCAUGGCCUCUCCUUGGCUGCAUCUUUAUGGGUCAAAAAACAGGAUCCUGUUCGGUCGGCGACCAAAGGCUUCAACAGCAACAGUGAAUCGAGUCUCGGUCAUGCAUUGAACGACACCAAGAAGAAAAUUUCAUACUUUAAGAAAAAGAUCGAGGAUUGGCAAGUAGUUUCGGAUGUCAAUUAUCUGGCUUGGUCGAAGCUACUUGCAGCUCAGGUAUCUGAAAUGGAGAACGAUCAUGGAGGGGCACUGAGGCAUUACGAAGAAGCUUUAGACCACGCUUCUUUACAUGGCUUCGUCUUUGAAGAAGCUCUCGGAAAUUUUCUCCUUGCAGGAUUUCUCGUGCGCGCCGGUUCUCGAAGACCAGCAAAGGCUGCAUUGGUAGAAACAAUUAUGCUUUGGAGGCAGAUUGGAGCAGGUGGCAUUGCUAGACAUAUUGAGAUGGAACACAGUCUUCUCCUGCAAGGACCUACACGCAUUCUUCGGUAUUCCGAAGCUAGCACGCAAACAGAUUUCGCUAGCGACUCUGCGUCUGCACCAUAUCAUACACUCGAAGGGGAUGAGAAUGACGAGCAACAACGAGCUCAUAAUAACGUUGCCGAGACGAAAGGCGACAGAAUUGGUGCCUGGCAAGGAGGUUCGGCAAGACCUGGUGCAGGAUCUGGGCUUCCAGCUCUAGAUAUGCUAGACUUAACAUCUAUUCUUGAAAGCUCGCAAGUCAUUUCCAGUGUGCUUCAGGUUGAUGAAUUGCUUAAAACAAUGUGCGAAAUUAUUUUGCAGAAUUGUGGAGGCUUGGCAUCACUUGCUGCAAUCGUCGUUGAAGAAGAUGAUCCUGUUGGCUGGAGCAUAGCAGCUAGUGGCAACCCAGAGAAAGGUGCCGUGGCUCACAUACCCGGGCUACCAUUGAAUGAAACGGCACUGGUUGCUGAAGGUGUUAUUCUUUAUUGCACUCGAUUUCGCGAAACUGUUUUCCUACCUGAUCUCAUCAAUGAUGAAAGAUUCAGUAACGUCAGUCCUGCUUGGUCUGCCCGGAAUCCUUUGGGAAAAUCGGUCAUUGCCAUUCCAAUCUGUCAUGGCAUUAAACCAUUGCUUGGUGUUCUUUACUUGGAAGGCCAACCAAAUGCUUUUACGGAUAGGAAUCUUACGGUCCUCCAAUUACUUGUCAACCAAAUUGGCAUUAGUUAUUCAAAUGCCUUGACCUUGAAAGAAGUGGAGAAAGUUUCGGCUUUCAACAAUUCCAUGGUUGAUGUGCAGAGGAGAGCUCUGGCUAAAGCGUUGGAGGCCGAGACGAACGCCAACUCGGCAAAAGCGGAGGCACUCCACAAUGUUAAAUUAGCAGAGGAAGCUGCUAAAGCUAAAUCUAUCUUCCUUGCCAACGUAUCACAUGAAUUACGUACCCCUCUAAAUGGGGUGAUAGGUAAUUCGGAGCUCCUUCGAGAUAGCGACCUUCGUAAGGACCAAGCUGAGAUGGCGGACUCCAUCCGUGUCUCUGCUGAUUUAUUACUUACCGUCAUUAAUGAUAUUCUUGAUUUCUCUAAGAUGGAAGCUGAUAAGAUGAAGCUCUUCAUUGUAGCAUUCAAUGCUGAUGAGAUGAUACGAGAAGUUGUUCGAUCCGUUUCCUACAGUAACAGAGACAAAAGGAGCUCUCGGAAUGUGGAAGUAAUUCAAGAUAUCAAUCUUCCACAAUAUCUGAUCUAUGGAGAUCCGGUUAGACUCCAUCAAGUUCUUGGCAAUCUCAUCGGAAAUAGUUUAAAGUUCACCGAGAAUGGAUCUAUUACGGUCGGUGCUAAAACUGAUUGGGAAACCAAAGAUGCUGUUAAAUUGACGUUUUGGGUCAAAGACACUGGGAUUGGCAUUCCAAGACAACAGCUCCUCAAACUAUUUAAGCCCUUCUCUCAGGCAGACAAUUCUACAGCUCGUCGUUAUGGUGGAUCUGGUCUCGGCCUUAGUAUUUGUAAGUCACUCAUACAAUCGAUGAUGGGUGGACAAAUCGAACUUGAGAGUAUUGAAAAUCAGGGCACAAUUGUUUGGUUCUGUGUAACUUUCAAUAAGGCCAACGCGGAGGUUUCUGCUGGGGACAGUCAAAAUGAACCCCAGCGCGAACUUGUACAUAGACCCGUCAAGGCCCCAGGAACACAGCCGCCACCUACUACUGAGUUUAACGAUUUCUCACAUGUUAGUCGAGAGAAUUUGCGAAUUUGUAUUGCUGAGGAUAAUCCCAUCAAUCAAAAAAUUGCGAUUCAAUUCAUGCAAAAGUUGGGGUUCAACAUUAUUGAUGCUUAUGACAAUGGAUUGGAGGCUGUGGAAGGUGUGAGAAAAAAAGCUCGAGAAGGAACUCCAUAUCAUAUAAUACUCAUGGAUGUACAAAUGCCUGUUCUUGAUGGAUAUGAAGCGACUAAAUUGUUACGCAAAGAUUCAAAUGAUGCUGUUAGAGGUAUUCUUGUCAUUGCGAUGACGGCAUCGGCUAUUCAAGGGGAUCGAGAAAAGUGCUUGGCUUCUGGUAUGAAUGAUUAUUUGGCUAAACCAGUUCGCUCGGGUAUUCUGAAGAAGAAAUUAGAUCAAUAUCUUCAGCAGGUAAAUUCUACAAAAGACAUGAAGAAAAAAGCUAACAUUUCACAGACCCCUCUUUCCCUCCCAAAUCUCAAUUCAGAUGCUAAGAAAGUGGCAAGAGAUGUCCUUCGGGAAGCAAAAGAUGACAAGGAUUUAAAUGGAGCAAAUGCUCCUGCACUUCGAGCUGUAAAAGAUGCUUUUAUAGAUUCUAAUGAACGAAGUCCUGAAUCCUCACCUUCAAAUCAAACACCAUCAACACAGAAUAUUUCUGGAACUGCUACACCUACACCACUUUAUCCUUAUGGGAGCAUCAAUAAUGAACCUCAUCGUUUAUCAGUUUCCCAAAUAGAUAUGGAAGAUUUUGCUAAGAUACCCACUGGGGAAGGACAUCAAUUAACCGAUGGGAUUUCGGGUGUACACGGGGUGAAUGGAACUGGAAGAUCAGCAAGGCCAAGCGAAGAAUUAUCGCCUAAGAGUAGGCCAAGGGCAUGAGAGAUUUUGGAUGUGAGAAGCGAGAAGUGAGUUUUCAUAUUGCGGGCGUCAUUGGAGUGAUGGGGUUAUUGAUAUAUAUGGAUGGAUUGGAUGGGUUCUAUGUAUUAUAUUGAAGAUGAAGAUCAAUUCCAUACGAAUCGAAUCCGCAUUAGGUUUGUUUAUGGAAUGGGAAAUUACACCAACAUUUGAUGAGAUGAGAUAUGAGAUGGGAUGAGGAGGAUUAAAGAUGGAGAUUUGGUUGAAGUUGAUGGGGAGAGGGAGAGGGAGGGAUUUGCAGAUGAUGGAUAUGAGGAUAAGGGAUAGAGGAUGAUGGAUGAUAGACGACGAUGUUUUUAUGACAGCCAAAGCGAAAGCGGAAGCGAAAGAGACUAUUUUUAUAUAAUUAAAGCGAAGAUAUAAUCUUAUAAUAAAUGAU